AUGUUUGAAUUGGAUACGGAGGGCUUGUCACGAGCAUUAGUUCGAACAUUGAUCGCUUCGCUCAUCCCUAGAUUUUAUGAUCCGCGAAAGGAGAACAAAGCGCAGAAAAUUCGAGAAGAUCGCAACAUUAGCUUUCUUUCUGGUAAAUUUGAAGAAAGGAAGAAGUUGAGAGAGGAAAGAAUGCCUGACGUGACCUUUACAAUGGCAGUUCAGGUCGGUCCUCCAUGCCACGUGGACAAACGAGUAUACACAUGUGCGAACAUGUCAAAACAAGAGCUGAAUCAGAAUUUGCUAGGGAAUAGCUCUUGA